AUGGCGGACUUCUACGACCUCGAGGCGAUGGACGCCGUCCGCCUCACGUGGAACGUCUGGCCCAACAGCAAGGUCGAGGCCGCGAAGUGCCAGAUGCCGUUCGUCGGCUUCUACACUCCCAACAAAGAGAAGCAGGACCUCAUGGUCUGUCCGUACGACGCCAUCCCCUGUCGGAGCUGCGGCUCGGUCCUGAACCCGUACGCGCGGGUCGACUUCCAGGGCAAGAUGUGGACGUGCCCGUUCUGCAUGCAGCGCAACCAGUUCCCCCCGCACUACGCGGAGAUCGCGGAGAACAACCUCCCGGCCGAGCUUUUCGCGCAACACACGACGAUCGAGUACACGACGCAGUCACAGUCCGUGGCUCCUCCGGCGUACCUCUUCGUCAUGGACACAUGCGUCACCGAGGAGGAGCUCAACGCGGCCAGGAUCGCGGUCCAGCAGGCCAUCUCCGAGAUGGACGAGCGCUCCCUGGUCGGACUCGUCACCUUCGGCACGCACGUCCAGGUGCACGAGCUCGGCCCGUCCGACCUCCCGCGGUCCUACAUCUUCCAGGGCGGCAAGGAGUACACCACGCAGAAAAUCCGCGACAGUCUCGGCCUCGGCCGCUCCGCCAACGCGCGCCAGCAGCAGCAGCAGCAGCCCGGCACGUACCAGCCCCCGCAGCAGCGCCCGUCGGUCCCUCUAGGCCUGGGGAGGUUCCUCGUCCCCCUCGCCGACUGCGAGUUCACCCUCGCGAACGUGCUCGAGGACCUCACCGUGGACCCGUUCCCCGUCGUCUCGGACCACCGCCCGCAGCGGUGCACCGGCAACGCGGUGCAGGUGGCGUCCGCGGUCAUGUCGGGCUCGGUCGUGCCCGGGAUGGGCGCCGCGCGCGUGAUGCUCCUGGCGGGCGGGCCCGUGACGGAGGGCGGCGGGAAGAUGGUCGGGCAGCCGCUCGAGGACCCGAUCCGGUCGCACAAGGACCUCCGCGCGGGGUCGUGUCCCUACCACGCAAAAGCCUGCGCGUUCUUCCGGCAGCUCGGCGACGGGAUGGCCGCGGAGUCGCAGGUGCUCGACGUGUUCGUGUGCAGCCUCGAGCAGGUCGGGCUGGCCGAGAUGAAGGCGUGCGUCGAGGCCACGGGGGGGGUUGUCGUCAUGACUGACACGUUCCAGAAUCCCGUGUUCCGGGAAUCCUUCCAGCGCAUGUUCGCGCGGGACGACCAGGACGGCGCGCUGCACCUCUCGAGCGACGCCACGUUCGAGGUCGUCACCUCGCGCGACAUCCGCGUGCAGGGCCUCAUCGGCCCCGCGCACGCGCUGCCCAAACGCGGCACCGCGCAGUCGGCCGUGUCCGACAAGCCGAUCGGCGAGGGCGGCACGACGGUUUGGCGGAUGCCCGGGCUGGACGCGCACAGCACGCUCGCGGUCUUCUUCGAGAUCACGGGGACGUACAAGGACCACGCCGAACAAGCGGCGGCGGCGGCGGCCAACUGCCAGUUCUUCCUGCAGUUCAUUUGCCGGUACAUCCACUCGUCGGGGCAGGCGCGCGUGCGCGUGACGACGAUCACGCGGCGCUGGACGGACGGCUCGAACCUCAACGACCUCGUGGCCGGGUUCGACCAGGAGGCGGCGGCGGUGGCCAUGGCGCGGCUGGCGAGCUGGAAGAUGGAGAACGAGGAGGACUUCGACGCGACGCGGUGGCUCGACCGCAGCCUGAUCUCGCUGUGCAGCCGCUUCGGGGACUACCGCCGCGACGACCCCGGGAGCUUCCAGCUGGCGCCGCAACUCUCCAUGUACCCGCAGUUCAUGUUCUACCUGCGGAGAUCGCAGUUCGUGCAAGUGUUCGGGCACUCCCCGGACGAGACGGCGUACUUCCGGCUCAUGCUGGACAAGGAGACGGUCGGCGACGCCAUCACGAUGAUUCAACCACCGCUGAUGGCGUACGGCUUCCAGGGGCCGCCCGAGCCGGUCAUGCUCGACGUGGCGUCGAUUCUUCCGGAGCGGAUCCUGCUGCUGGACUCGUACUUCACGGUCGUGGUGUUCCACGGCACGACGAUCGCGCAGUGGCGCAAGGCGGAGUAUCACCUGCAGCCAGAGCACGCUGCGUUCGCGCAGCUGCUCGAGGCGCCCAAGGCGGACGCGCGCGCGAUCAUCGACGACCGGUUCCCGGCGCCGCGGCUGGUGGACUGCGACCAGAACGGCAGCCAGGCGCGGUUCUUGCUGGCGAAGCUCAACCCGAGCAGCACGUACAGCAACGCGCAGGGGAUGACGGCGGAGGUGAUCAUGACGGACGACGUGUCGCUCGACGUGUUCAUGGAGCACCUCCGGAAACUGUGCGUCCAGGCGCAGUAG